AUGAUCGGCUCCAUGGGUCUAAGGAUACCCCGUGCGACAAGCUCGCUCCUCGGUCGUGCCGUCAACGCCGCCGCCGCCGCCACCAACCAGUCUGCCGCUGUCGCCGGCGCCAGCGUCGCCGCCCAGAGGAGAUGGCAGCACUACCUCAUGAAGCUCCGCGACAACUUUGAGGAGAAGGGUAUCCCCAACUUCCUCAGCCCCGGCUCCGUCAACAUGGCCUAUACCGAGUACCAGACCUUCAUCUUGGAGAAGCUUAACGCGCUUGUAGUAGGCACCGACUUCGAGCAAAAAGACACAAAGUCCAUCAUCCUCGCCACCGCCCGCGACCCCGAGCUCGCCCACGUCUUCAACCACGCCUCCAUGGCGCACAACAACCACUUCUUCUUCGACCACCUGUCCCCCGCGCCCGUCAAGAUGGGUGACAAGCUGUUCUACCACAUCAACGAGAACUUCGGCUCCGUCGACACUCUGAGGGACGAAAUGAUCGGCACCGCCGUCUCCAUGUUCGGCCCCGGUUUCGUCUGGCUCGUCCGCACCCAGCUCCCCGGCCAGCCCGUCGCCCUCCGCGUCAUGGCCACCUACCUCGCCGGUUCACCCUACCCCGGCGCCCACUGGCGUCGCCAGGAGGUCGACACCCAGACUGCCAUCGGCAACUCCCCCCAGGGCCUGGCCAACGGCCAGCGCCUCCUUGAGCGCAGCGCGGCUGGUUUCAAGGGCCAGAAGCUCGAGUCUACCGCUCCCGGCGGCACCGAUCUCAUUCCCAUUCUCUGCUUGAACACUUGGGAAUAUGCCUGGCUCCGCGAGUACGGAACCGGUGUGGGUGGUAUGGGCGGCAAGCUCGCGUAUGCGCAGAGCUGGUGGAACAUGAUUGAUUGGGCCAAGGUUGAGGAGGAGGCCAGGCUGGAGGCCAGGAUCUUGACGGGUGGUGAGGGCUCUGUUGCGCCUCUUGCUUCUCUCUUGUAA